AUGGCAAACAACACGCUCAACUACACAGGCCUUAUGGCUUUGAUAUGGAGUCUUUACGGCGUGUCAUUCGUCUUAACAGCACUAAGAGGCUUCCUGCGAUGGAAGUCUCAACGCAGACUUUUCGCUGACGAUUACUUCGUCUUCUUCGGCUUACUCUCUCUGACGGCGCUCUCCGCUGUUAUCACAUGUCUACUACCGCAGUUCUUCUUGGCGCAGACAUACAUGACAGCGGCCAUAUCAGAUCCGCUCACGCCUAUGCCACUGCCUGCAGACGAGUUCGUCGAGAGAACGCGUACCUCACUGAAGUUCAUGUUCAGCCAGAUGCUGCUGUUUUGGACUACGCUUUGGGCUGCCAAAUUCUCGAUCCUCUUCUUCUUCAGGCGUCUGGUGAUAGGGCUACCGGCAUACAUGCGCGCUUGGUGGGUAUGCUUUGUACUAGUACUGCUCCUAUAUCUGGCAUCAAUCGCCUCCAACUUCUUAACCUGCCGGCCGCUGUCCAAGUACUGGAGUGCAACUGGAUGUAGUGACCCGGAAGACCUCGUGCGAGCCGACGCCUCUAUCAAGUUCGCAACCAGCGCCGACGUGGUUGCCGACGCCCUCAUCAUGCUCCUUCCUUUGAACUUGCUGCGCAAACUACAAGUUUCGCCUCAACAAAAGUUUGGACUUGCCGUCAUUUUCUCGCUAGGUACCAUCAUCAUCGCUUUCGCUUUCGCACGACUUGCGCAAGUCACCAAGGCCACUUCCAACCCCGAUCCGGCUACACUUGCUGAUGGCCCGGUACUACUUAGCAUGUGGAGCCACAUCGAGUCAUCUGUCUCUGUCAUAGUCGCUACGCUACCAGCAUUCAGAUACCUGCUCAAUGGGAAGAUGGGGCGAACGCGACCCGGUCCGUCUGCGCCGCCAGUAUACGGUUCAGCAGAACCAGCGGCGUCGGGUCCACCAAGUAAAGUACGUCGUGUAUUUAGUGGGAAUAGAUGGAGUCACAAUACUGGUCUGAGAUUACCAAGCAGUGAGCAAGGCAGGAAAGCAAGCAACGACUGGGGCAGUGAGACGGAAUUGAGGCCAAUGGCUGGUAUCGAGAAACAAGUUGACUUCACUGUUGAGAGGGAGUUGGUGAGCUCGCAGAAAUAG